CACUAGAUAUUCGUUGGCAUAGAUUUAAACUAUUUUGAUUGUCAAUCCAAAUGUAAUGAGUUAUCUUCGCUACAUAGCAACAUGAGCACGUGUGAGAGGAUUGCUUGUAACACAGACGCACACGCAGAAAAGGAGAGGGUGUGCCCUUGACAUCGUUUCUCGUCAAAGACGCACAUUUCGGAGAGAACCAGAUUCAGGUUUGCUUGCUUGCUAUUCACCACGGCAUUGUCGUGACGUUAACAAAAAGGGCACAGCGCUCAAGGUUACAAAUCAAUAAUUGGAAUGGCAGUUUCGUUUGACUUCACCUGUCCAAGUGUUGAGCGGAGACGAGAGUAAAGACAACCCUAGGCACACAUCACCAGCGCUGCCUGUGCUUGGAGCUACUGGCUGACAGAUCCCUCGCACAAGGAGGAACUAGAGGGAGUCUGACAAGCGAUAAUAUCCUCUAUUCCAAAUCACCAACAAAGAUGCGAUUGGCAAGGCACUUUCACCAAGCGUAAUGAGAGCUCCAGGCUGAAUUUGGAGUGGCUGCGCUCAGCAGAAUCCAAAAGGACUUUCGUGAGAUUUUCUAGCCCAACUGGGUGUGUGCAGCACCGUGCCCGCUGUUACUCUGGACUGCACUCGAUAUACCUUCUUUAUCAAGUCAUGUCUUAUACAGAGCGAUGGGUAAGUUCGACGACAACGAGAGGAUAAUCCUCAACGUUGGGGGAACAAGGCACGAGACGUACAAGAACACGCUGAGGACACUGCCGGGGACUAGGCUGGCCCUUCUUGCCUCCGACUCAGACAUCGAGUCCGUUUUGGAUCAGCUGCAACAAGUCCCCGGCUUCUUAGAGUACAACACGCGGAACAACGAAUACUUUUUUGACCGCCACCCAGGGGUAUUCGCCUAUGUCCUUAACUACUAUCGAACCGGGAAACUCCACUGCCCGGCAGAUGUUUGUGGUCCGCUGUUCGAGGAAGAGUUGUCCUUCUGGGGAAUCGAUGAGACGGACGUGGAGCCUUGCUGCUGGAUGACCUAUCGCCAGCACAGGGACGCGGAGGAGGCGCUCGAUGUGUUCGACAUAAACGUUGACAAUGGAGACGAGGACGAAGAGACGGGGAAAAGACUCGGCAUUGAGGACGUGAUUGAUCCUAAUAUCAGCCGCUGGAAAAAGUGGAGACCUGUGAUUUGGAAUCUAUUUGAGGAUCCCUAUUCUUCCAGAGCGGCAAGGUUUGUGGCCUUUGCCUCCUUGUUCUUCAUCCUGGUCUCGAUCACCACCUUCUGCCUGGAGACCCAUGAGGCAUUCAACACCAUCACCAUCAUCAACAAGUCUGAGGCGGUGCUCAACGGCAGCCUGCCGGACCUGGGUCCUGAUUACAUCAUCGAGACGGACCUGGCGCUCACUUACGUGGAGGGUGUCUGCGUGCUUUGGUUCACCCUGGAGUUCAUGGUGCGUGUCAUCUUCAGCCCAGACAAGCUGGAGUUUGUCAAGAGCCUGCUCAACAUAAUCGACUUUGUUGCUAUCCUGCCUUUCUACCUGGAGGUAGGCUUGAGCGGGCUGUCGUCUAAAGCAGCUAAGGACGUCUUAGGCUUCCUCAGAGUGGUAAGGUUUGUCAGGAUCCUGCGUAUCUUCAAGCUGACGCGUCACUUCGUGGGGCUGCGGGUGCUGGGUCACACCUUGAAGGCCAGCACCAACGAGUUCCUCCUCCUCAUCAUCUUCCUCGCCCUGGGCGUGCUCAUCUUCGCCACCGCGAUCUACUAUGCCGAGCGCAUCGGCGCCAACCCCAAUGACCCCACGGCUGGCGAACACACCAUGUUCAAGAACAUCCCCAUCGGCUUCUGGUGGGCCGUGGUCACCAUGACCACGCUGGGUUACGGUGACAUGUACCCGCAGACGUGGUCGGGCAUGCUGGUGGGCUGUGCGCCUGGCGGCGUGCUGACGAUAGCCAUGCCUGUGCCCGUCAUCGUCAAUAACUUUGGGAUGUACUACUCGCUGGCCAUGGCUAAGCAGAAGCUUCCCAAGAAGAGGAAGAGGCACAUCCCCCAGGCCGCACUGGGGGGAUCCCCAACCUGCCUCAAGGUAGACCUCAACACCACCUGCAACAGCCCCCAGGGGGACCUCUGCAACACAAAGGGGAGCAGGGUGCUGGAGCGCAACCAAUCAGUACUGUCAGGGGACUGCAGUGGAGGCAGUGAUGUCACCAUGUCCCCCAGCACAGAGGAGAGGGUUCCCAUGCGCAGGUCCAGCACCCCAGAGCAAGAGCGGAGGAGUGGGGGGACGUGCUUCCUGCUGGCUGCCAGUGACUACACCUGCCCUGCCGACGGUGGGAUCAGGAAAACAGAUAACUGCAAAGAGAUUGUCUUUACUGGUUUCACGCAAGCAGAGAGCAGCAUUCUUUAAUGGCUGGGGGAAGGCAGAGCCCUGGCGGAAAGGUAACAUUGUCAUUCUGAAUGGCAUGUGAGCUGCCUGCUGAACACUGUGCUGCUUAUCCCUGGUGGUCACCUCCGGCUAAUGGCCUUUUGUUUCAGUGUGUGUGCAGAAGGGGGUAAUUCAACAAUUGUAGUCACGGAAAUACAUCGGCACCCCCUCCUCAUCAUGACUCAUGGCUUUAUACACACAUGCGUGCAUGUGCACUCACACACACACACAAAUAUUUGACACGCGUGCACACACACCACAUUACACACAGACACACACACACAUUAGACACACACUUACACACACAUUAGACACACACACACACACAUUUCUGUAUAUUAUUUACCAGACAGCAGGAAUGCCUUUAAUGGUCCUAUCAAACCGGAGACUUGAUUUUAUUAAUAGCGAUGUAAUUCAUUAUUGAUGAGAGAGUUUACUACGCACAUAAAUUGUUGCCGAUGCUAACAGGUGUGCCGCAUGACAGAGGACAUUACCAUUCAGCAAUGUGCCUCACCCAAUCUUUUGUCUAUACUAGUAGCAGGAAGGUUGCUAAGCAACUGGCACAUAGUCAGACGCAUCUCACACUUGCUGAACACACAUACUGUCUCCUAAUUAAACAAAAAGCUCACGACCAGCGCUUUCCAUAUUUCCAUAUAAAAAUAAUUAUUGAAUCACCCCCCUCCCAUUGCAAUACUGUGCAUUGAUUGAGCGUUUACAAUUAUGACUUCAUAGAAUGCCAUCGAUUUGUAUAUAUUAAUCUUUACAUAUAAACUGUAAAUGAGAAGCAAAUAACUGUACACAAAAAUAGCAUGAAUAUGCAUGUGGUUAUUGCUACAAUGACUGUAGAUUAUUAUUAUUAUUAGAGAGACACAUUUCUGAUAUUUAGAGAUGUGACCUGCUUUACAUUCUGUUUAGCCAUUUACGUGUCCUAUUGGAAUGACGGCAGUCAUCAGCCAAUCAGUGGAUUAACAAGACCUAUUGGUGUGUGGAUCCUAUUUGGUCCCACAGUGUAACUCAAGGACUUGAACCAACCAGAACACUCACAGCGGUGACGGAUUGAUGACUGACAAGCGUCCGGUCCAAUGACGCUGCCUGGGAAAAUAGGAACUGUCCAAGACUGAGAUCAAUUGGAAUUCUGGGAAUAGAUGGGACAGGGAACGUUCGGAACGUUGUCUUUUUCCCAGAUUCUCAAUGUCAUGGAUACCGACUGAAGCAUAAAACUGCCACAAGAAAAAAAGUUACAAAUUAUUUUCUUUUUUUUAAGGACCCCUCUUGGAAGACGAGGCUAGCUACUUUAUUCAGAUAUUGUAUUUGUAAAUAAUAACAUGAUACAGCACAUGGGUCAAGAAGCUCCUGUGAGCCAGGUAAAAGGGUCAUGCUUCGACGUCCAUAUCAAUCACUCUCCAUGGUAUCCCUCCUCGCAAUAAGUGUUAUUAAGAUGCAUCAGUUGAAGCACUAUAUGUUCUAAAAAUGAAGUGUAUCAAUAUAUGAAUUCUGCUUAAUAUACAGUAUAGAGAGAAUAACGUGCGAUAAGUUGAAUAAAUGUGACAUAUGGUUUCAUCAAUGCUUUUGUUUCCCUUAGACGUUUUGGUGGAUUCGAUUUCAUUGCUCUGGUGUGUGUUUACAUGCUGUGUGUUUUGAACUCCAGGGUAUGAUCUAUACAACAUGCAGUUGUAAGCCAGAAAAAUGAAGAUCUGUAAGAAACUAUUUUCACUCUUCCAGCUAGGUUGAACACAUAGAACGAGGAAGCUUAAUGGGCCAAGUAGAGAUGUGUUAUCCUGGACACCAUAACCCAACAAUCAGAUACAAUUUGCAAUAACGAUCCCAAACAAAAAGGUACCGAUUCACACUGUGAUUUUAGCUACCUGUGACAAGAAAUUAGCGUCCCUCCAUUUACUUGAUAGUGAGGGUUGAUUUUGACCAUCAGUGAUUGAGGGAUUAGAAUACUGUGACCUGAACAGUGAAGACACCUGCCCCCACACAACAACGCACUCUGUGUAGUACCUUACUGCUUAACUCUUUGAGAUGUCAACGGGCACCGUUCAGUAUCUAUUCUAUGACAAAAGUGAUUUUAAAUGUGUUUAUUUUUUUAAUCAAGGACAUGUCUUUUUGUGUCUCUUGUGGACUCCAUUGCUUGGUUUACUUGUGAAAGUCAUGGUAGCCCAACGCUGUGUUUCUCUCCAUUACGUCCACAACUGUCACUUGGGCUUGAUCCAGAUUCAUGUUCUGUAUGUUUUAAUGUGAGGACAGUUCUAGUUUGAAGUCUGUAUUUGUGGAGCCAUUUGUUGGCAUUCUGAAGUGCAUGCUAAAAGAAAAAAACUAAUUAUAAAACAAGAUGACAACAUAUAUCACGUUCAAAGCGAUGUGUAAAAUUAAAUGCCAUUGUGAGAAAAUCACAUAAACAUAUUUAUCUUUUAA